AGACAGGCGGACGCUGAUCAGCGGGAUACGUCGCGCUCAAUGUCCCGCUUGAUCUUGACUGUGCACCAUCAUGCUUCCUCCGCGCGCAUGCAUCGCCGCGCGUCGUCCGUCCUCUCAUACUCCGCUGCAGCCACGCUCCCUGCUUGCAACUCACGUUCAGCGCGACCCGGGCGGAACAACCGAUACGUCCUGGCUCGCCGCCUUGCUGAAGACACCAGCUGCAGCGUGCUCGUCAUCGAGCGCGGCGACGCUCGCGACAUCUGGCUCGACCGCUCUGCACAGUUGCCCGUGAAUGCCUCCGUGUACGCGCUCCCAGCGUCAUCAAGGGCUGCCCAGCCGAUCUCGGGCUCCUUUCUGAUCCAUCACACCAUUGACUCGUUGGGCAACCGGCAGAGCACGUUCCGUGCGUUCCUCCCGAAGGAGUUUGUGCUCGCGCAUAGCCAGGAUCUGCAUAUAUGCGUGAACACUGUCGCGCGUAAAAUUGAGACGGAAGGGCUAGUGGACGGGAACCUGAGGGCUACGGGCGUGGUUGUACAGAGCGCGACGCCAGGCGCGACAAGUGUGCUUGUCAAGGCCCGGAGGGGAGUCGUCCUGUGCUCGGGUGUGCUGCGGACGCCCCAGGUCGGCGUUGGCCCUGAGAAGUACUUGCGUGGCAUGGGCAUUCCAGUCGUGCACAACCUCGAGGGCGUUGGGUCGAGUCUGCGAGAUCACAUGGGCACGCAUAUUGACCUGCAGUACCCGCUCAAACAUUCACUGGUUGUUCUCGUCUGGGGGCCGUGUUUCUCCUUUACCGACUCCUGUGCUGCCUCCUCUUUGGCGAUGGGUGGUUCUUCACUUCGCUCGUCGAAGUAUGCACCCUCACCUGCGAGCGCUGACUUGACUUGACGCGGGGCAGAAACCGUUCAGCGAGGAAGACAAGGAUGCAUCAAAGCCUGAGAAUAUCUCCGAUAUCGA